AUGCCCUCAAUACCAUUCUCGGCCAUCAGAUGGCUGAUUUCCACAUUGUCAUUGGUAAACGUGGCAUCUGCCGCGUUGAACGCAGCAGAUUACUAUGUGCACUCCUUACCAGGAGCUCCGCAGGGGCCCUUCCUGAAGAUGCAUGCCGGACACGUCGAAGUGAAACCCGAAAUCAACGGAAACCUAUUCUUCUGGCACUUCCAGAACCGCCACAUCGCCAACCGACAGCGCACCGUGAUCUGGCUGAAUGGGGGUCCAGGAUGUAGCUCUAUGGACGGUGCGUUGAUGGAGGUGGGCCCUUACCGUUUGAAGGACGACCAUACACUGGAAUACAACCCGGGCCGGUGGGAUGAGUUUGCGAACCUCUUGUUUGUCGACAACCCUGUGGGAACCGGCUUCAGCUAUGCGAGCAGCAAUGGCUACAUCCAUGAGCUGGACGAGAUGGCCGAUCAGUUUAUCGUCUUCAUGGACAAGUUCUUUGAAAUGUUCCCCGAGUUCGAAUCCGACGAUCUCUACUUUGCGGGUGAGUCGUAUGCUGGCCAGCAUAUCCCUUAUAUCGCGAAGGCCAUCCAGGAGCGCAACAAGGCCGUUAAAGAAUCCGGAGAAGGUCACCAAUGGCCCCUCAAGGGCUUGCUUAUUGGCAAUGGAUGGAUCUCGCCGGAAGACCAGUACCCCUCGUAUAUGAAGUACAUUGAGAGAGAACGUCUUAUCGAGCUAGGCUCAACUCUUCAUGCCAACCUGGACUCCCUCAAUGAGGUCUGUCUCUCAAACCUGGAGACGCCCGCUGCAAAGAACAAGAUCAGCGUCUCGUCUUGCGAGUUUGUCCUUGAAUCGUUCUUGGACCUCACUACGGAAGAUGGAAAAUGCAUGAACCAGUACGAUAUCCGCCUAAAGGAGGACUCUUCGUGUGGCAUGAGCUGGCCACCAGAUCUCACAAACAUUCAGCCCUAUCUGAGACGGCCAGAUGUCAUUAAGGCCCUGAAUAUCAACCCAGCCAAGAAAGAAGCUUGGCAGGAGUGCAAUUACAAGGUUGGCUCAAACUUCAAGCCACAGACCGUCCCCGCCGUCAAGCUCCUGCCCGAUCUCAUCGAAUCGGGAAUCAACAUUCUCCUAUUCAGCGGUGACAAGGACCUUAUCUGCAACCACAUUGGCACCGAGACUAUGAUCCACAAUAUGAAGUGGAAAGGCGGGACUGGCUUUGAGACAAGCCCUGGUGUGUGGGCCCCGCGCCACGACUGGACUUUCGAAGGCGAGCCGGCAGGCAUUUACCAGUAUGCCCGCAACCUGACCUAUGUCCUGUUCUACAACUCCAGUCAUAUGGUUCCCUUCGAUGUCCCGCGCCAGAGUCGGGACAUGCUCGAUCGCUUUAUGAAGGUCGACAUCGCCAGCAUCGGUGGCAUGCCAACAGAUUCCCGUAUUGACGGAGAGAAGCUGCCGCAGACAUCGGUCGGUGGUCAGGCUAACAGCACGGCGGCAGAGAAGCACGAGAAGGAGAAGCUCAAGCAGACCGAGAUGAAAGCCUACACGAAGUCUGGAGAGGCGAUUCUCGUCAUUGUCAUCAUCGGUGUUACUAUCUGGGGAUUCUUCAUUUGGCGCAGUCGCCGUGCGAACAAGGGGUACCGUGGCGUCAAGGAUGAUCAGCUCGAUAGUUCGCCGUUGAACCGCUUCGCGAAGCGUUCUGGAAGAGACGUCGAGGUUGGUGAUUUCGACGAGGCGGAGCUAGACAACCUUCAUUCUCCCGAUGGAGAGCACUAUGCUGUUGGCGAUGCCAGUGAUGACGAGCAUGAGCAUGAACACGAGAGAAGGUGA